GGUCGGGGAGAGAAACUUGGUUCUCCCGCCUCUUGAAUUCUUGAAUCCCUGAAACAGUAAAGUAAGCAAAGCAAACCCUUCAUUUUCACAUUCACCACUCUCAGUCUCAGAGAGAGGAUCGAAUGUUGAUUCUUCUUCUUUUUCUCUCUGCAAAUGGACACUCCAGAUAGGAGCAAGAUCAACAACCCUCUUUCUCAGUUUGAGGAUUCACCAGUAUUUAACUAUAUCAGUAAUCUAUCUCCUAUAGAGCCUGUUAAGUCUGUUCACAUUACCCAGACCUUCAAUUCGCUUAGCUUCUCAUCCCCUCCAUCUGUUUUCACAUCACCCCAUGUCAAUUGCCACAGAGAAUCCAGAUUCCUCAGGAGGCAUAACCUUUUAGAUGCAUCCAAAGCUAAGGCUUCAUCUGAAGAUAUAAACAAUGUUUAUUCAUGUGAAAAGACUCCCGCAGAUUCAACUCAACCAUGUCAUGAAUCAAGUGAGCCACAGGAAAAUACCAAUCCAAAUAUUUCCAUAAGAGAUGCCUCAAUCGAGCCACAUGAUGAAAACCCAAAUAUCUCAAUCGAGGUCCCACAAGGCUUGAAAUAUAAUUUGGCUAGCCCAGGAUUUGAACCUGUGAUCUGUGCUGAUGAGGCUGACUCUCUUUUGGAACUGCCGGGCAAACCAGGAUCAGAUGUUGCUUAUGUUCCAGAUGACUCUGAAAAGGAUUCAAUUGAGGGUGAAAUGCAUCCUCCAGCUUUAUGUCAAACUGAAGAAAAAAUUGAAGGAUCAAAUUGUGGUGUGGAUGAUUUAAUUAAUGAAGCCUCUGAUCUGUUAAUGUUUAGUCCCCCAAAUAUGACAGAGGCUUUUAAGGAUAUAAAUAAACAAUUAAAUCCUUCAACAAAGCUUACUAAUUUGAGGACUUUAUUACGACAAUCUGCUACCAAUGAUGGUCAACAAAUGCACAUUGUUGAUACAGUUGCUUCUGGUUCUGAACAUGAAAUUGAAAAUCAUCCUUGUGAAUCAGGAGCAGCCACAGACACAGUUCAGAGACAAGACAAACAUAACAAUGUUGCUUUGGUGGCUAACAAUCCCAUUGAGAAAGUGGAUGAUAAGCUUGUUUAUGUGACACACCGUGGUAUACGGAGACGCUGUUUAGAUUUUGAGAUGGCCAGUGUCCAAAGGAAGAACCUAGAUGGUAAAUCAAACACCAAUUCCAGUAAAGAAAAGUCUGAGGAGAUGGAUGUUAGUAAAGGAAAACAACUGCUUCCCAUUAAACAUAGUGGGGAUUCACGGAAGUGUGUUUUGCCUGGAAUUGGUUUGCACUUGAAUGCCCUUGCUAGCUUAAAUGAUUGCAAAAACAUAAAAAUUGAGACACUGCUAUCUGGAAGGCAACCUAACCUUCCCAGCUCCUCCUCAUCCUUGCAACUUUCUGCAAGCCAAGAUCAUCAACUAUCAUUGGUACCUACAUCAGUGGAAAAAGAUUUGGAGCAAUCAGAGAAUGAAGUUCAGCCUGGUGAAGAUUGUACCCAGCCUUUGGUUCACAUGUCUGGUGAAGAUUGUACCCAGGCUUUGGUUCACAUGCCUGGUGAAGAUUUCCAGCAGAAUAGUCCAAAAAAGAAAAGGCGCAGGUUAGAACCAGAUGGGGAAGGGGAGUCUUGCAAGCGUUGUAAUUGUAAGAAAUCAAAGUGUUUGAAGCUUUAUUGUGAGUGCUUUGCUGCUGGAGUCUACUGCAUAGAGCCCUGUUCAUGUCGUGAUUGCUUUAACAAACCUAUUCAUGUUGAUACCGUCCUUCAAACUCGCCAGCAGAUUGAGUCUCGAAAUCCACUUGCUUUUGCUCCUAAAGUCAUACGGGGUUCUGAUUCUGUACCUGAAAUUGGGGAUGACCCUAACAAAACUCCAGCUUCAGCCCGACACAAAAGAGGAUGUAAUUGCAAGAAAUCAAGUUGCCUAAAGAAAUACUGUGAAUGUUAUCAGGGUGGUGUUGGUUGCUCCAUAAGCUGCAGAUGUGAAGGAUGCAAGAACACGUAUGGUAGAAAGGAUGGUUCUGUUCAUUCUGGAAUAGAAGCCAAGCCCGAAGAAGAAACAGAAGCAUGUGAAAAGGGUGUGAUGGAAAAGGCUUCACAUAAAACUGAAACACAAAAUACUGAAGACCAUCCUGAUCAUGCUCUUCCUACAACACCAUUACGUCUUUCCAGAUCAUUGAUCCCAUUACCCUUUUCAUCAAAGGGUAAGCCACCAAGAUCUUUUGUUACCACCAUCUCCAGUUCUGGAUUGUUUGUCAGCCAAAAACUCGGAAAAUCAAGUGCUCCGCGGUCUCAACCUAAAUUUGAAAUGCCUUUGCAAACUGUUCCGGAUGAUGACUCUCCUGUCACCUGCAUCAAAACUUCUUCACCAAAUGGCAAGAGGAUCUCCUCUCCUAAUUGUGACGUGGGAUCAUCUCCUACUCGCAGAGGUGGGAGGAAGUUGAUCUUACAAUCUAUCCCUUCAUUUCCUUCACUCACCCCUCACAAUCUUCGGAGUGACUGAGGAUCUAAUCUUCUUAAGUUAGCCUCUUGAUUCCCGUUUCCAGUUUGUUGCACUUGGAGCUGUAUGCGUAGGUGAAUGAAUGUAAAUGUUGAGCUCUAUUUUAUUUUCAUAAUAAUAUGUUGCUUUCAUUUCAUACUGUACAACUUCACUUCAGUUGUAUUAUAUCUUAACUAUCGGUUAUCAUCUAUCCUAAGAGUACUUGGAGAAUGAUUGGUUAUUAAGUCCCUAUAGGUCGUGUUGGACUAUUACUUUUGGACAGCAAUUUGAUUUGUUACCUGCAGUAAA